AUGGAAGAAGAACAACAUGAAUUAUUAAAAUAUAUCUCCUAUAUGAAAUUACCGUUUCAAAACAAUAAUCAUCACUAUGUCGACUAUCUAAAACGAUCGAAUGAUGAUAGACAACUAUCUCAUACGUCAUUAAUUCAAAAAUUUACGAAAAAUACGUUUCUCUAUGUACUUUAUAUAUGCACAAAUUUCAUUAUCGGUUUAUUAUUCGUAGUUAUAAUUGCUAGCAUAUUUUCAGCCACAACAACUGUAUCAAGUCAAUCGAUAACAACAUCAACAACACUAUCGCUAUCGUCGUCGUUGUCGUCAUCUCUAUUUAAUGUAACAUUAGCACCAAAGCGUGCACGAUUAAAGCGUCAAUUUGAACAUGUAGGCAAUGAUAUUACAUCAUCUUCGACUGAUAAAUAUUCUUAUAUGACAUUGGUGCGUAAAGUAUUUUCUGAUCGUACAAGUACCUAUGAUCCCGAUUGUACAUUAAAUGUACCCAAUGAUUAUUAUCAAAAACUACCACUUAAUUCAGCUGCUGAAAAAAUUAUUGAAUUAAUUAGCCAAACUUACACACGAGAAUUGAAAGUAAUCAAAAUAUUAGCAUCAAAAGUGAAGACAAAAUUAAAUAUGCCGACAAAUAUAAAUAAUGAUUUUUUUAUAUCAAAAUUAAAUGAAGAAUAUAGGAAUGAAUUACGUUUAAUAUUAUCAAAAUUUAAAGACAUAAAAGCAAUUCUAAUAACAACAUAUGAACACAAUUCAGUUACACAUUAUAGUUCAAUUCGUUAUUAUAAAUUGUAUACAAAUAUUAGUGACAAUGAUGAUGAGGAACUCGAUGAAGAUAUUAAAGAUUCUAUAACAAAAGAAAAUAAUAUUUUGCUUGACUUUGGAGCAGCAAAUGCUCAUGAAACAUUAAAAAAUUGGAAAGAUAAAAGAACAACAACAUUAAAUUCAUCUAUGGGAGAAAAUUCCACAAGCGACUGGUCACCAUGGAGAGAUGGAUGGUGGCUUGGACCAGUACUGUGUGAUAUAAGAAAGGCUGAAGCAUAUUUAAUGGCUUAUGUUUUACCACUAACAGAAAGCUAUUUUCUUGUAACAUAUGUAAACAUUUCGAAUGUUGAUAUUAAUCAAUGUGCAUCAGACAAUAUACCAUUUGGUGGCACAAACAAAUGUUAUAAUGAUAUGGAAUGCGUUCAAUUACGUGGUUACGGAUUUCAAUUGGGUGCAUAUGAAUGUAAAUGUACAUCGAUAAAAGGAAAUGUUACCGUCGUCAUAAAAGGUUUUGAUUUGGAAAUGAACACAACAAAUAAUUCACAAGCAUGUAUAUGUAAUCAAUCAUCUGGAUGUCAAGCAGAAUAUAAUAAAAUUUUAAGAUAUGUUACAGUGGGAAUACAAUCGAUAUUUAUCUUUUUCGUUGCAGUAUUAGCUGUCAUCGUUUUUGAAAGAAGAAAAACAAAGAUUAUCAAACAUUCAAUGUGGAUAUUAUUGGAGUUAAUAUUACUUGGUGCGGCACUUCUCUAUGCUUCGGUCAUAGUCGACGCAUUUAAACCGCAUGUUAUUGUUUGCUUAUUAACGCCUUGGUUGCGUGAAGUAGGAUUUACGAUAGUUUAUGGAACACUGAUAUUACGUGUUUAUAAAAUGUUGGCUGAAUUUCAAUCUCGAAAAGCUCAUUGUGUUCAAGUUAAAGAAAAAGACAUAUUACGUAUACUGUUCUUCAUUUGUGUAUCGAUUGUUGGUUAUUUAUUAGCGUGGACAUUAUUAAAUAUUGAUCAUUCAAGUGAUAAAGAGUUUCAGGAUAAUCUAUUGGGAUCAGGUUUAACAAAAGAAAAACUAUAUUUUGAAGCGUGCAGACCCAGAUGGUGGGAUUUUUUAGUACAAAUUGCUGAAUUUACUUGUCUCUGCGUUGGAAUCCGUUUUAUAUAUAGUACAAGAACAGCACCAUCCGAAUAUCAUGAGAGGAAAUUAAUUACAAUUAGUAUUGCUUGUGAAAUGAUAUUUUCUACGUUAUUACACAUAAUCAGUGACGACCAUCCCAAUCGAGAACAUAGAUUUCGUUCUGUGGUUGAUGGUUUUGAAACUUCAGAUUUUGUUACAAAAUUACAGUCAAAUGGUGAUGUUGAAUUUGGUGAAUUGAACAUUCGAGAUAUGGAUCCUGAAGAUAUACGAGUGAGCAUAUUACUUUGA